GGGCGCUGCGGACGGGGCCGGGGUCGGCGACCAGCACCCCGCCCCGCGCCCUCCGCACCCACGUCCGCAGGGAGGCUGCGCCCGCGCCGGGGCCGCCGGUCGAGUGUCCACACGCAGCCUCCCGCGAGCGGCCGCUGCCCGACCCCUAGGACCCCCGUGCGAGCCGCGCCGAGCCGAGCCGAGCCGCGCCGCCCUCUGCCGGGGACUCCCCCGCGGCGCCCCGGGCGCGUCCGCAGACCCGAUGGCGACCUGCGCUGAGCCCGCGGGCCCCGAGCCCCCCGCCCCGCCCGAGGACUUCGAGGUGCUGGAGGAGCCGCUGGAGGACGGGGACCCGGACGCGGACGACCUGGCCGACCUGCCGCCCCUGGAGGACACGGCGCCCCCCGCCGCCCCGGCCCGGCAGCUCCUGGCAGCCGAGGAGCCGAGGCGGCAGCCCGAGCCCGCCGCCCCGGAGUGGCUGGACAUCCUGGGGAAUGGCCUGCUGAGGAAGAAGACGCUCAUCCCGGGGCCCCCCGGUUCGGCCCGCCCGGUGCAGGGCCAGGUGGUGACGGUGCGGCUGCAGGUGUCUCUGGAGAGCGGCGCCCGGGUGCUGGACGAGCCUGAGCUGCAGGUCACGCUGGGGGACUGCGACGUCAUCCAGGCGCUGGACCUGAGCAUCCCGCUCAUGGACGUGGGCGAGUCCGCCAUGGUGACCGCGGACUCCAAGUACUGCUACGGCCCGCAGGGCAGCCGGAGCCCCUGCGUGCCCCCCGACGCGGCGCUGUGCCUGGAGGUGACGCUGCUGGCGGCCGCGCCGGCCCCUGACCUGGAGCUGCUGGGGGGCCCGGCGCGCGUGGACCUGGCCGACCGCAAGCGCGAGCGGGGGAACGCCCACUACCAGCGCGCGGACUUCGUGCUGGCCGCCAACUCCUACGACCUGGCACUGCGCGCCAUCACCGCCAGCGCCAAAGUGGACGUGACGCCCGAGGAGGAGGAGCAGCUGCUGACCCUCAAGGUCAAGUGUCUCAACAACCUGGCGGCCGCGCAGCUGAAGCUUGGCCACCACCGCGCGGCCCUGCGCUCCUGCAGCCUCGUGCUGCAGCUGCAGCCGCACAACGUCAAGGCGCUCUUCCGCAAGGGCAAGGUUCUGGCGCAGCAGGGCGAGUACAGCGAGGCCAUCCCCAUCCUCAGAGCGGCCCUCAGGCUGGAGCCCUCCAACAAGACCAUCCAUGCGGAGCUGUCCAAGCUGGUGAAGAAGCACGCGGCCCAGCGGAGCACAGAGACGGCGCUGUACCGCAAGAUGCUGGGCAACCCCAGCCUGCCCCCCAAGGGCCCGGGGAAGGCCACCUGGUCCAUCCCGUGGAAGUGGCUGUUCGGCGCGACCGCCGUGGCCCUGGGGGGCGUGGCCCUGUCCGUGGUCAUCGCCGCCCGGAACUGAGCCCCCGCCCCUCGCCCGCGCGCCCCGACCCGACCCUCCGGCGGUCAGUCGGUCGGUCCCGGCCCCGGGUGCGACGCCCAGAGAGGAUCAGGAAGCCCGCCGGGAGGAGGGGGCCUCCCCGGCCCCUGCCGGUCAACCCCGCGGACCCCGCCACCUGCUUUCUCCCGUCCCCGCCGCCCACCCACCCACCAGCUCCCCUCCCGCCUCCCGCCUGAAUAAAGCGACCUGCACCCAG